CCGGGUGUCUCUCCGGGAAAACAGAGACCAGCACACCUGCUCAGCCAGGCCUUCGGGGAAUUUUUUUCCACUUCUAAAGUAUCUGCAAUGGCCACUGUUCAAAGAAGGCAAGUGGAGGCAGAGACCAAGGACCACUAGAAGAACUUCGUGGAGCUCAAAGAGGUCUCAAUUCAUGGGAGCCCGUUGUUGGCUGCCUCAAUCUCCUUCUCAGCCCUGCCUCCUGUAUCUCACCAGGCUUCAGUGUCCGGGCCCAGAUCCGUCCCAGGAGACCCCCUGUCCCUCCCCAACAAUGAACAAGAUGAAAAACUUUAAGCGUCGCUUCUCCCUGUCGGUGCCCCGAACGGAGACCAUCGAGGAGUCCCUGACUGAGUUCACCGAGCAGAUCAACCAGAUGAACAACCGGCGGAAUGAGGACCUCAGCCCAGGGCACCUCCAGCUCGGUCCCCUCGGCAGAGACUUCCCACCAGAGCCCAGUGCCACCUCCCCAGCUGAGGGGGACGGGAAUCGGUCCCCCCAGGCUGUGUACUUCCGCAACCACCAACAACGCCGUUUCUCCAUGGAAGACCUGAGCAAGCGGCUGUCCCUGCCCGCGGACAUCCGUCUGCCCCAGGAGUUCCUGCAGAAGCUGCAGCUGGAGAAUCCAGAGCUGCUGAAGCCCCUCAGCAGGAUGUCCCGCCGAGCAUCCCUUUCAGAUAUUGGCUUUGGAAAACUGGAAACGUAUGUGAAACUGGACAAACUAGGGGAGGGCACCUAUGCCACUGUCUUCAAAGGGCGCAGCAAGCUGACCGAGAACCUGGUGGCUCUGAAGGAGAUCCGGUUGGAGCAUGAAGAGGGGGCACCCUGCACCGCCAUCCGCGAGGUGUCCCUGCUGAAGAACUUGAAGCACGCGAACAUCGUCACCCUCCACGAUCUGAUCCACACGGAGCGAUCCCUCACCCUCGUCUUUGAAUAUCUGGACAGCGAUCUGAAGCAGUACCUGGACAGCUGUGGGAAUCUGAUGAGCAUGCAUAAUGUCAAGAUCUUCAUGUUCCAGCUUCUCCGGGGCCUCUCCUAUUGCCACCGCCGCAAGAUCCUACACCGGGACCUGAAGCCCCAGAAUUUGCUCAUCAACGAGAAGGGAGAGCUGAAGCUGGCGGACUUUGGGCUGGCCAGAGCCAAGUCUGUGCCCACGAAGACCUACUCCAACGAGGUGGUGACCCUCUGGUACCGCCCCCCCGACAUCCUCCUCGGGGCCACCGAGUACUCCACGCCCAUCGACAUGUGGGGCGUGGGCUGUAUCCACUAUGAGAUGGCCACUGGUCGGCCCAUCUUCCCAGGGUCGACGGUCAAAGAAGAAUUGCAUCUCAUCUUCCGGCUGCUGGGAACACCCACAGAAGAGAGUUGGCCAGGGGUGAUGGCCAAUGCAGAGUUCCGGGCCUACAGUUUCCCCCUUUACCGGCCCCAGCCGCUCAUCAACCACGCACCCAGGCUGGACACAGAUGGAAUUGACCUGCUCAACAGCCUCCUCCUGUACGAGGCAAAGAGCCGGGUGUCGUCCGAGGCCGCAAUGAGACACCCCUACUUCAAGGCUUUGGGGGAGCGAGUGCAUCAGCUGGCAGACACCACCUCUAUCUUUUCCCUGAAGGAAAUCCAGCUCCAGAAGGACCCAGGUUACAGAGGUUCUGCCUUUCAACAUCCAGGCCGAGGAAAGAACCGGCGACAGAGCAUCUUCUGAGCCCUGUGCUCCGUUGUCUCAGCCGGCACCUCAGAGAGCGACGCAGUGAGCACAGGUGGGAGGGACCCCUGGGAGCCAUCGGCGGGGUCCAGAGCCUGAGCCCUCACUGGGCAGGAGAGGUGGUUUCCCGCCCCGGCCGACUGCUGCUGCUGCUACUGCUGCUCUUCCUCCUCCUCCACCUACUUCCAGGCUUCCCCUGGGCCCUCUCCUCCCACAGUCCUCAGGGCUGGGGAUGGAGUUGCUUUGCCCUUUGACAACUUGUGGGUGGGGACCAGGGCCGGGUGAGGACCAGGCCAGGAGGCCAGGCCAAGGGGAGACUGGCAGGGACCAUGGGGACCAUAGUGUGGGUGUGGGGUAGAGGGAAGAGGGUACAACUAGGUUGACUCCUUGGCACGGCACAGUCACUCUGGAGCCGCCGCUCAUGCCCAGGAGGAUCCCAAAUGACAGCCUGUCCUCUCAGUGGAGGAAGACCCUACUGCCCCCCAUUUCCAAAUGAGACUUAAUUCCCCUUUUUCUCCUCUGCUUGGGAACGGGGCCAUUCUCCCCAGUGCCAGUGUUUUUGCCAAAGGUCCCCACCCCUUCCCUGCACUUCUGUGGCUGGCACCCGCUGGGUGUGUUAGAAUGGCGAGGGAGGCUUCAAUUCCUGCCCUGGACCCCCUCGAAUCGUCUGCCUUGGGGCAGUGCUGUCCUCCUCCCUGGUCACUGGGGUCACUAAGCCUAGGGCUGGCAGUCAUGUCCCGUUCAGAGAGAACAGCCCAAGAUCUGGCCCAAACCCCUGGUGGGUCUGUCCACUGACUUCCCCAAACUAUCCAUCCACCUCACUCCUGACCCCUGGGUUUGGAUAGAAUUUGCCUUAAGCUGGGAACUGAGGGUUUAAUCUCUCCCCCCCACCCCCACCCCUUGAGUGUCAGGAGCUCAUAAAACAGAUGACAGUAGACCCCAGCCCACCCCAAGGGGCUUCUUCCCCACCAUGAUGACUACGACGCUCAUUAGGUCGACGUCCCUAUCGUCAGUUUCUCUCUUUCAUCUUUCCCCAAGUUCUGAUGAGCCUCUUUCAAACCAGGGUGUGACCAGACCCCUGGAUCCUGUCCUCAAGGAGGCUGGAGCCAGGAUAUUCUAGGUCAAUAUUGGCUCCGAGACCUCACAGAGGCUAGAGGGACCAGGGGCCGGGCCUGGGCCACCUGCUCUGGCCCAGAAUACAUCUCUCCUCUUGGCCCACGGUCUGUGCCCCCCACCUCCACUUCAAGCUGGCCUUAGCCUCCCUGCUGGAGCUCAGCCCUUGGGAGUUCAGGAUUCCUGAGAUGACAAGGAAGAUGGAGUGAUGCUGGAGGUGACUGAAGGAGGAAGGGGACCAGAGCUGGUUUCGGGGCUUGGAGUCGCAGUGCAACAGAGAACGGAGUUUGUACAGAAGGGCUGGAAAGGAGCCCUGGGCCAGAGCGGAUUCUCCCCAUCCUGCCCUGCCCCUUCCCGUGCUGUGCCUCCGACACCAGCAGGACGGUUAGCUUUCCCCCAACUUCUGCUGCUCUCCAUCCUGCCUGCUGGUUCUGGUUACCGUUUGGGGCAUUAAUCCUGGUCUCCAACACCCUUCUUCCUUCCCCCCCUCCUGAGGGACCAUCCCCCUCUGAGCCACCCCCCACCCCAGUCCUCUAGCUUCUGCCCAUGCUGGGGUCCAGCACUCCAGCCCUCACUGUACUGUGAACGUCCUGUGUGUGAUUUCAGCGCAAAGACAGAUAAUAUAUUUAACUUUACUGUAACAAAACAAAAAGAAACGAACGCUGCCUCGAACCAAAGAGAUCAUUUAAGAUGGGUGAUUCUAAACGAUGAGGAGACAUGGUUUCUUUCCCAGACCUUCUCUGGGAUUAGGAGGCAGAGACCUGGGGCAGGGGCUUGGACUGGUUGGAUUUUUCUGGCGGAGUUUUGUUUCUGUGUGAGCCUGCUGUCCUGGCGACCUCACGGCCUUCUGUUGUUCUCUGAUGUAUCAUGAGCACAAGCGAGAAAUAAACGAUUGAGUCUGGA